AUGUACCGUGCAGUAGCGCCACCAACUUUUAUGCCAGCUGGACAGUCGGCUAGCGAUAAUGUGAAGAGUAUGCGGAUUACCUAUCCAGGUGCAGUAAAUACAGCACAAAAUUAUGUGACUUUGGAUAGUGCCGUUCACUACAAUGGACAGAUCCCGCAGAACAUGGCUUUGCAAACUGGAAUGGUAUGUGGACAACAAGCAUUUCCACCGCAGUUCACUCCAAUUCACGAAAUUAACGAUGAUAAGACACAGAUUAUGGCUAUGAAUGGUGGAGCUCAUCUCUUCUCUAACCCACCCAGUAACUUUCCGAGUGAUGUACAGCAGAAUAGUGGUAUUCUGUCAAAUCUUCCUCAUACAAAUUCACAGCUAAUAUCUCCUAAAGUUUCUAUAACGCCUACCGUGACUGCAACUUUGUCAUCUGCACCAACCGGAACCGCAUCUUCAACGCAAACUUUUAUUGGGAAUAUACCUGCUGUACCUGAUGUAGGAACAUUUUCACAUAUAUUUUCUCACCCAAUUCCACAAGUAGUACCUAAUGCAGAAAUUGCGCCGCGAGUGCCUUCGAUCGAAGUUACAUCAUCAUCAGAUACUGAACAAUAUCUCGGCACUCAUAAUGCUCCACCAAGAAUUGGAGAUGAAGCUCCACCAAGACACCCAACAUUUGGUGGUUCCAUAGGACUAAGUAGUUUUCUGAAACCUGCUGGCAACAAUGGUCAGCAAAUGUCUAUUCCCCCACAACUGCCUGAAGCAUACAGUAGUAUUCUUUCUGGUUCACCCGGCCUUCCAUCAGUGCCUGGUGCACCACCUGUUAAUUAUUCUACUGUCGGUGCUGGAAUGACUCGACCACCAAUGCAUGGAGAAACAAUAGGACCACCUGCUGUAGGAUUAUAUCAGCAGAAACCUCGUUUGGAUCCUAAUCUGAUGCCAAGUGUGGUCCAAGUAAUCGAAGAAGAUCGUUCAACAAGGAGUGGAACAUUUCCAACUGGUUAUCCUACAGCUGAACAUCCACCACUAACAUCAACUGAGUUUAUUGCUCAGGAUCAGGGCAUUUGUAACCCGAAGUUCAUGCGGUCUACACUUUAUGUCGCGCCUGCAUCAUCCGAUAUGUUAAAAAAUUCACAAAUACCAUUGGCAGUCGCUCUCACUCCAUUUGCACGUUUGCAUCCAAAUGAGAUACCACCUCCAAUCGUGGAUCUUGGAGAGUUGGGUCCCGUGAGAUGUCAUCGUUGCAAAGCUUACAUGUGUGCAUUUAUGGAAUUUCAAGAUGGUGGUCGUCGCUUCAAAUGCCCGUUUUGUUUUACAUCCACAGCUGUGGAUGAUUCAUAUUUUGCUCAUCUGGAUCACACCGGACGCCGAACCGAUAUUCAACAUCGUCCUGAACAAUAUCUUGGGUCUUAUGAACUUGUUGCAACAAAACCGUACUGUAAAAAUGGUUUGAAACCAAAAGAACCUGCAUUCAUUUUUAUGUUGGAUGUGUCGUAUUCUGCAGUGCAAUGUGGCCUAGUAUCAAUAUUUUGUAAAAAUAUUCGAAAUUUGUUGAACGAUUUACCCAAAGAAUUGGAUCAGGUGAAUUCGUCUUUGCGCAUUGGAUUUGCAACAUACGAUCAGACUAUUCAUUUCUAUAAUUUGAAAAGCCAUAUAGGUCAACCUGAAAUGUUGGUCGUUGGAGAUGUGAACGAUGUUUUUGUGCCAUUGGUAGACGGGUUUUUGGUAACAUUGGAAGAGGCCGAUGUUGUUCUGAAUAGCUUGUUAUAUGAAAUUGAAAAGGUCUUUGGCGAAACGCGAAUCACUGAAACAAUGCUUGGCCCUGUUAUCCAGGCUGGUCUGGAUGCACUAAAAUGUGCUGAUAGAGCAGGGAAGUUGUUCAUAUUCCAUACUAAUUUGCCGUUGCUGGAUGCACCUGGGAAGUUAAAAAAUCGUGAGGAUCGGAAACUACUUGGAACAGAUAAGGAGAAGACUGUAUUACAACCGCACAUCGAUUUUUAUAGUAAACUAGGCGAAGAAUGUGUGAAAGCAGGUUGCGCUGUAGAUUUAUUCUUAUUCCCAAAUUCCUUCGUGGAUGUUGCAUCACUUUCACCCGUUUGCUAUCUAACGGGUGGUUCCAUAUACAAAUAUCAAUACUUUGAAACGCAAAAAGAUAGCCAACGUUUCUUGGCAGAUCUUUCCCACGACAUAAGUCGCGAAAUUGUGUUUGAUGCGAUGAUAAGAGUACGUACAUCCACUGGUUUACGGCCAACUGGUUUCUUCGGUUCGUUCUUCAUGGAUAAUACUACGGAUUUGGAAAUGGGUGCCAUUGAUUGUGAUAAAGCAGUUCACGUAGAAAUUCGACAUGACGAUAAAUUACCAGAAGGAAGCGCCUACUUACAAGCGGCUGUACUAUUUACAUCAUGUAGUGGACAAAGAAGACUUCGUAUCCAUAAUCUUGCUUUAGCUGUUUCGUCAGAUUAUAAUCAGUUGUAUCGUGUUGCUGAUUUGGACUGUUUAACUUCUUUCCUCUUUAAACAAGCGGAAUACUUUUUGCGAGACAAAUCUCCUAAGGAAGUGCGGGAAGCAGUGAAUGCACGUUGUGCGCAAAUGCUAGCAACAUACCGUGAGAAGUGUAGUGAACAAGCACCGCUUGGACAACUUAUUUUGCCAGAAUGUUUGAAACUUUUGCCGUUAUUCGCAAACUGCAUAUUAAAGAAUGAUGCACUUAGUGGGGGUAACGAUAUGACGGUCGAUGAUAGAGCUUAUCUAAUGCAUCUUAUACCGUCCUUGAGGACAGAAGAUGCAUUAACUUUGUUGUAUCCUACAGUAUUCCCUGUUUCUGAUCUGAUGCUUGAGCAGCAGACAGCUGAGAUAACAUUGCCAGUCUGCAUACGCGCUUCUUACGAUAACUUAUCUCCAGAAAAAGCAUAUAUAAUUUUUAACGGUAUCAUGAUGUUCUUAUGGAUCGGUUUAAAGGUAUCACAGGAUUGGAUGCAAGAUGUUUUUAAUUCCAACUCAGUCGCACAUCUCAAUGUGGACAAUCAUGUCGUACCGGAACGUGACAAUGCACGGUCACGUGCUCUACGUUAUGUUAUUAAUCGGGUGAAUUUAAAUCGGUUGCGACAUAUGAAACUGUUCUUGAUUCGACAACAAGAUGCAUUAGAAGCUUGGAUGAAAAAAUUUUUAGUUGAAGAUCGUACAUCUAGCAUGCCCUCAUAUGUGGACUAUUUAUGUAACAUUCAUCGUGAAAUUAGAAGUUUGUUGACUUGA